CAUCUUCACUUACGCACGCGGGCCCAACCGUCGUGCUACAGAGACGCCGUCUCCCUCAACCACAACCAUACACAAUGCCACAGGCUCAGGUUCUUCGCAACCGACCCGGUAUCCGCCAUGAAGAUUGGUCGCAGUGGCCCACGAUACCUCUUGAGCAAAUGGAAUCUACCUUCUCCGUUCAACAAUAUAUCCAAAAUAUGGUCCGCCACGAUGCGUCUGAUGUCAAAAAGAUCGUCGAGGUACCCGAAGGUCAGGACCGAGAUUUAUGGCGAUACGAGCUUUUACGACAAGUAUGUCAGGAUCUGAACAAUUUUGUUGUUCUGUUGGAACCCGAGUGUACUGCAUCGUCGUGUCCAGAAAUGAAAGCUUUAGAAUGGUUGUAUCUCUGUGCUGGACAUCCGAAUCCUCAGCAGUGUUCGGCACUCGAUUAUAUUAUACAUACCCUGGACAGCGCGACAGCGCUGUUGAAUAGUCAAAAGUAUUUCCCUAGUAGGGUGUCGAUACCGCCAACGUCAUUAAAGCAUUUUUCGAAUGUUACCAGAAGAUUGUACAGAAUUUUUGCACAUGCGUGGUUUCAUCAUCGGGAGGUAUUUACUGAAUUUGAGUAGAUUGAGUCGCAUUUGUAUGCGAGAGUUUUAUACAUGAUAAAGUACUUUGAUAUUAUGCCAGAUGACGCAUUGGUCGUGCCCGCCGAUGCCUGUAUGACUGAUUUGCCCGAGAUUGAUCGGUCCUCAAUGGUCAGUGACGAGUAAAGUGGGCUGAUGGGGACUGAAUGGGGGAUGGACGUAGGGAGAUGCUCAUAUGCAUCGCAUCGUUAUUUAAUGCCUUCUUGUGAAUAUACUUCUGGUAGGACUGUAUGGGUGCUGGAUACCCAACAAGGAUAGCAAUAACCGUAAUCUUAAUAUCAAUAGUUCACUACCCA